UUUUGUAUGCUGCAUUGUACUUUCUGGUCAAAUUUUGCACCUUUGCUCAGGGAGGACACCUCCAAGGUUAUAUACAAGAAGACAAAUGUUUGGAAAAAGAUCUUCUUUCUCUCUCACGACAUAUAUUUCGGAUAUAAAUAUCGGCACAUUGGAUUCGUCGGGAUAAUUUUGCCGACGAAUUGAUGGAAAGGGGUACGGAGAUUAUGGCCACGUAUCAGCGGCACCUGUCAGGCGCCGCACGGCGGCUAAGAUCGGCGACGGCAGGCCGAGAUUAUGACUCGCGGUUAUCGUCGGGACGGUUCAUUGUUCAGUUUGUGAGUAAUGGUAUGAGGCGACUAUGUACCGGCUGUAGCCGGAGGAACGGCUUGUCGAAGUAUGCAAUGGGGAGGAUGGUCAAGGAGGAUGAUUUCGAAGAAGAAGAAGAAGAAGAAGUAGAAGAAAAGGAAGGAGAAGAAGUAGAGGAAGGUUUGUGGAAAAAGACUAUAUUGAUGGGAGUGAAGUGCCAGCCUCUGGAGUUCUCAGGUGCUGUCUUAUAUGACAGCAGAGGGCGGAGGGUGGCGGCACCGACACGGACACCGCUUCGAUGUCUGCUUUCGUCGGCGGACGAGUAAGAAAAAUCUCAACUCAGAGGAAUUUAAUCGGAGGGAAAAUUUUCAUUUUGAGUCCGCAAAUGGUUGGUGAGCGUCAUUAUAAUAUAUUGGGUAAGUUUUUUUAAAGGGGGUAAGAUUCUCUUA